AAAACGGAUGUCGAUAUCAUUCUCUUGGUAGCCCUAACGUGGUGCAAAGUUGUCGUGCGUCCAUUUGCUUCGCUGAAGAAAAUCUUGUAAAAGUUAACCAUCCGCACAUUAAAAUGGCCGACGAGUACUUCUACGGAGCGACCCUGAAGGAGGGAAACAAAACAGUGACCUGGGAUCCGGAGAAUAAGUCCGAAAGCUACCCGAGGACGCAUAAGCUCGUAAUUAAACAGUGCAUCCUGGGGCACGAAGCGGCCGCCGACGAGUUUAAUGUGGUACAGGUUGAGACGAUGACCAUCCGCGACACGCUCCGCAUUCCGAUUGCCGUGUUGAAGGUGGGCGAGACGCGACAGUGCCGCAUGGAUCUGGAGUUCUCCGACGCACCCGUCACAUUUACGCUGGUCGAGGGCAAGGGACCGGUGCACAUUCACGGUCAGCACCUGCUCGGUUCGCUGGUGGAGGAGUUCGAGGACAUGGAGGAGCUGGAGGAGGAGGGACUGGACGAGGAGGAGGCCGACGAGGAUGAGGAUGAGGAUGGCGCGCAACAGAAGAAGAAGCCAAAACUGACCAACAACUCGAAGGGUCCCGGCAAACCGGCGGCGGGUGGUGCCGGAGGGCCGGCGGGCAAUGACAAAAACCGAAAGAGGAAAUAAGCGGCGCCGUGGUGUGUCCACUCUGUGUCGACACUUUAAAGCGUGUCAUUCCUCACCACACUUUAAUCAUAUGUAUUACAAAAGAUAAAAAUCAACAAAAAAAACAAAACAAAAGAACCGCCAGCAAAUCAUCCCCCACUUACAAAACUACCUAAACCAACCGGAAUGCAAAAUCCGAGAAACGUCGAUAGGUUUAUGAGACACACAUCUGGUUGGCUCCUUGGCACCAAACAGAGCACAGCCCCCCAGGUUAAACAGACGAGUUGGCGUCUUUCUCCUUCACAAUUCAAUUUAAACUUCUCCUGUUCUUCGCCCGUUCCUUGGGUGAACAGGCAGGGGUGUCCAAUCGUUGGCAUGGCGGAGAACUAACGAAUGAGUAGUAGAAUAAUAAUUGUCACCCCCCCCCUUUUGUCGCAUCAACGGUUGCGGUAAAUAUUCCUUGCUUUUCAACACUAUCCACCAGUGCGGAGUGCGCUCUACCCUUGACUAUCGGUAUCUCUGAACAGCGGACUCCCGAAUGCGUUUGAAGAUAAUUAAUGCUAUAAAUACUAUUUAGCCAUAGUGCACGUAUGAACACAAACAAAAAAAAAGGGAAGAAAGGAAAGAUGUUCAGACACUACUGGGACAAUUGCCCUGGACAGGUCAAAUUGAAAACUAAAAUAAACGACUGUAAAAAUUAAA